AUGGUAGCCAAGUAUAUUGCCGGCCUGCGGGCCUUGCUGGCUCGCCGCGUCGUGACCAUUGUGGCCAUGGCCGCCGUGCUGGCCAGUGUCAUUGUCAUUCUGGUUCGGAUCGGCCCCCCGGCGCAUCUCGACGAUCUGAAGCUGCCGGACAUGAAGCUUCCCGACCUCGACAUGUCGAAAAUCCCGGGCCUGGGACACGAAAAGGUCCACUAUGGGCAUUGCGACCCCAAGAACUAUACCGAUACCAUCAAGGAGUGGAAGACGACGCGGGAGAAGUAUGACAAAUUGAUGGGAGACAAGUUCACAAUUGCAAUGCAGACCUAUAAGCGACCCAAGGAGCUGGACGACACGCUACGCGUCCUCUUGGCCGAGAAGAUCCCCUCGCUGCACGAAAUUGUCAUUAUCUGGAACGACCUCGAGGAGAAGCCCCCGGGCGACUUCAAGUCUGAAAAGGGCGUCCCUGUGCGAUACAGGGUGUCGCAGCGCAACAGUCUGAACAUGAAGCUGCUGCCGGAUGCGGACUUCAAGACCAGCGCGGUUCUGCUUUCGGACGACGACGUAUACUAUAAGCCCGGGGACCUCGAGUUCGCCUUUCAGAGCUGGCGCAAGUUUGGCCAGAACCGAUUGACCGGAGCCAUGCCGCGCUGCGCUACCGCGGAUGGCGAAGGCGAAUGGAAAUAUGGCUUUUGCUCCAAGGAUGCGAAUCAGGACGUUUACUCCAUGAUUAUAACAAACUUGUGCUUCUCGCACAUGUCUUUCCUCGACUAUUACUCUUCCAAUAACACCGUUAUGGAAAAGGUCCGUAAAUAUGUCGAUGAUCACUUCAACUGCGAAGACAUUGCUCUCAAUUAUGUCGCCUCGUAUCUUACCGGCACGGGGCCUCUUCUCGUCACCGGUCGCGAUAGGUAUGUCAGCUACGAGCCUGCCGUGGGCAUCAGCAAGAAGCCUGGCCACUUGGAGGCCCGUACCAAAUGCCUAAACGAUCUGACGGCGCUGUUUGGCUGCAUGCCUCUUGUCAACGAGACGGCUCACAUCCAGCGUGGCGUUGUUGUCUUGUAA